AUUUGAUUACAGGGAAGAUUUGGUACUCGUGAGCAACAUGGAAUAAUUGCUCCAUAUUUUAUGAGUUUAAGCAACUUGAAAGAAAGCAAGUUGUAAAAAACUGUUGGAUUCCAUGGAAUCGCUCUCUGCUGCAUUUUACCAACAACAACAACAGCAACAGCAAAAGCCAAAAAAACAACAGCAACGCUCAUCUUUCUACCUUGCCGACUCUUUUCUUUCCACAGAGAGAGUUUUCCCGGAAACCAAACACUUCCCCUAGGAAAAAUGUCCGAAUCCGAGGAGGAAACUCCAUCCUUCCCGCCAAAGUCAAAGGACGUGGUGGACGACGUCCGAGAAGCAGCUCUUAUGGACUUCGACCUGGAAAUCGCAAGUCCAUGGCCGUUGGAUCAGAUCGCCUUUGUUUCAAAUCCCAUGUCUCCGCUUACCUUCUCGUCAACUGAGCAGCCUUAUUCUCCUCUCUGGGCUUUUUGUGACGGAGACAACGACGAAAAGCUCGCUGGCAAUGUUAACUCACCCAUCGCUGACUGCCCUCGAAUGAUUUCCUGUGACUCCAAUUCGGUAACGGAAACGCCAGCAGAGAAGAUGAAUGAAGACAAGAGAGUGUGGAUAUCCCCACUUUUGGGACCGGCACCAAUUGAAAAUCUAGAUGGAUAUUGUUUAAUCAAAGAGAAGAUGAAUCAAGCACUUCGAUACUUGAAGGACUCAACCGACCAGCAUAUUCUAGCUCAGGUUUGGGCACCAGUAAAAAAUGGUUGUCAAUAUGUACUCGCAACUUCAGGACAACCUUUUGUUCUUGAUCCACAUAGUAAUGGACUUCAUCAGUAUAGGAUGGUCUCCCUGAUGUAUAUGUUUUCUGUGGAUGGUGAUAGUGAGGGAGCACUUGGGCUUCCUGGCCGUGUUUUCCGGCAAAAGUUACCUGAAUGGACUCCAAAUGUGCAGUACUACUCCAUCAGAGAGUAUCCCAGGCUUGGUCAUGCUCAGCAUUACAACGUCCAGGGAACCUUGGCUGUGCCUGUGUUUGAGCCUUCUGGACAGGCGUGUGUUGGUGUGCUUGAGCUCAUAAUGACUUCCCCAAAGAUCAACUAUGCACCUGAGGUUGAUAAAGUUUGCAAAGCACUUGAGGCAGUAAAUUUGAAAAGUUCAGAGAUAUUGGAUCACACAGGCACUCAGAUUUGUAAUGAAGGUCGCCAAAAUGCGUUGACAGAAAUUUUGGAGAUACUCACAGUGGUGUGUGAAACUCACAAAUUGCCAAUGGCUCAGACCUGGGUUCCUUGCAUGCAUCGCAAUGUUUUGACUUAUGGUGGUGGCCUGAAGAAGAGCUGUACUAGCUUUGAUGGAAGUUGCAUGGGACAAGUCUGUAUGUCCAUAACUGAUGUAGCAUUCUAUAUCAUAGAUUCUUCCAUGUGGCGUUUCCGCGAGGCAUGUCUUGAGCAUCACUUACAAAAGGGUCAAGGAGUUGCUGGAAGGGCAUUUCUGACCCAUAACUUAUGCUUCUGUGCAGAUAUUACCCAAUUCUGCAAAAUUGAGUACCCCUUGGUGCACUAUGCACGCAUGUUUGGAUUAACCAGCUGUUUUGCAAUCUGCUUACGGAGCACUCAUACUGGAGAUGAUGAUUACAUUCUAGAAUUUUUCCUGCCCCCUAGUAUAUCAGACAGUAGUCAACAACAAAUUUUCCUGGGCUCUCUAUUGGCAACAAUGAAGAAGCAUUUCCAGAGUCUCAGGGUUGCUUCUGGAGUUGGAUUUGAUGAGGAAGUGUUUGUUGAAAUCAUUCAAGCUUCUUCAAGUGAGGGACUUGAUUCAAGACUUGAAUGUAUUCAGGUUUCCCAAUCCCCAGAAUCAUCCCCAGGGCCUAACAUAUUAUCAAAUGUAGGAGAUAUAGUGCAGCCAGAUUCAUCACCACACCAAUUAAUUGAGGACUUUUGUGCUGCAAAUGAUCGGAGCACUGCUGCUCAGGAUGGCAGAAGCCACAGUCAUGUUUCUUUACGAGAGAGCAAAGACACUAAAAAAACAUCAGAGAGGAAACGUGGAAAGACUGAGAAAUCAAUUAGUCUAGAGGUUCUUCAACAAUACUUUGCUGGGAGUCUUAAAGAUGCUGCUAAAAGCCUUGGUGUUUGCCCUACUACUAUGAAACGCAUUUGUAGACAGCAUGGAAUCCCCCGCUGGCCAUCUCGCAAGAUCAACAAGGUCAACCGUUCCCUCUCUAAGCUAAAACGUGUAAUUGAAUCUGUCCAAGGUGCUGAAGGAGCCUUUGGGUUAACUCCUCUUAGUUCGAGUCCACUUCCUGUUUCCGUAGCCUCUGUUUCUCAGCCUUUUAUGUUAAAUGGGACUAAUUCCCCAAGUCCUAAAGCCUGUGAACCUCUAACAGAAAAGAAAAAACAACAAACAUCUUUUUCACUAGGAAGAGAGGGAUUGGCUGGAAUGGAAGAACCGCUGCUGGGAGGGGUAUUGAGGCCAGAGGAACUCAUUCACGAAAAUAUUAGAUUCUUGCCAGAGAUUGGUAGAGGCUUGAACCAGUCCAAAUCAGGAAGCAGCUCAAGGGAAGCAAGUGCUGGGACCCCCACUUCUCAUGGUUCAUGCCAAGGUAGUCCCGCAAAUGGAAGUGCAGCUGAAAAGGACUACCUGGCUUCAUGCCAAGAUAGUCCUGCGAAUGGAACUACAAUCAUAAAGGAUCCUAUUUCUUCCAUCCAUGAGCAAUGUGUUAAGGUAGAUGUCUCACCUGAGUCAGCAUUACAACCUACAGAUGAACUACUUAAAUUUCCAGUUGCAUGCUCAAUAGACGCUCUUGUGACGACAGAAUCUCAAGAACCAUUUGGGAGAAUGCUGAUUGAGGAUGCUGGAAGUUCAAAAGAUUUGAGAAAUCUGUGUCCUACAGCAGAUGCAAUUUUGGAUGAACAGGUUCCAGAGUUUUGUUGGGUAAACCCUCAAUGCUUGGACCUGGCUACCAAGCUACCAAUGGGAACACUUGCCCCAACAACGUCACAUCUUAAACCAAGGCAAGAAAUGAAGAGUGUCACCAUAAAGGCUACAUAUAGAGAAGAUAUCAUAAGAUUCCGGAUCACUUUAGGUUCUGGUAUUGUGGAGCUAAAAGAGGAAGUGGCGAAACGAUUGAAAUUGGAGGUAGGUACAUUUGAUAUCAAAUAUAUGGAUGAUGACCAUGAAUGGGUUCUGAUAGCAUGCGAUGCAGACCUCCAAGAAUGCAUGGAUAUUUGCAUAUCAUCAGGCAGCAAUAUGAUUAGACUUUUGGUCCAUGACAUAAUGCCAAAUCUUGGUAGCUCCUGUGAGAGCACUGAGUGAAGAUUAGAUUGUAUAUACGUUCAAUUUGUAACAAAUUUCUAUAGGAUGCUGGGAAAGUCAAGGUGUAUAUUUUAGUUACUAGGGCUUUUGUUUCAGUUAGAAAAUUUUUGAGUGAAAUUGUAGAAAUCCCAGUUGUCUAUGUAAUAUUUUCACCUUUCACCCCUUUUAAUGUUAUAUGGCUAAUAUAUGGAUUUUAAAAAAAAAAAAAAAGUAUAAAAAAAAAGCAAAUAAAACUCAAAAAUGUUUUGAAA